GCCAAAGAAAGAGCUGAAAAAGAAAGGCUGGCGAAAGAACGCAUCGCCAAAGAAAGAGCUGAAAAGGAGAGAAUAGAAAGGGAACGUAUCGCAAAAGAAAAUGCCCGAAAGGAGAGGCUGGAGAAGGAACGCAUCGCCAAAGAAAGAGCUGAAAAAGAGAGAAUAGAAAGGGAACGCAUCGCCAAAGAAAGAGCUGAAAAAGAGAGGAUAGAAAGGGAACGCAUCGCCAAAGAAAGAGCUGAAAAAGAGAGAAUAGAAAGGGAACGCAUCGCCAAAGAAAGAGCUGAAAAAGAGAGGAUAGAAAGGGAACGCAUCGCCAAAGAAAGAGCUGAAAAAGAGAGAUAGAAAGGGAACAAAAGAGAGAUAGAA